UCUCAGCACUCUGUAUAUUCACAACUCUCCAAAUAUUGGAACUGUACUGUUUUUGAGUGUGAAUCACUCUUUGUUUCUUCUUCUUCUCUUCAACUACUCACUUUCGGUGUACGUUAGUGUAGUACUAGAAAAGUAUCAGUUUCCACCACCACUUCAAAAAGAAGUCUCAGACGAAGAAAAAGAAAAAAAAGAAAGAAAAAAGCAACACAAACAUUCUCUUUCCUUCUUCCUCUCCCAGAGAGAGAGGAGUAAAGAGAAUUGCUUCGCUUUACAUCCAUUUAUUGAUCUGGUUCUUUCUCAAGGAAAUUUUUUUUGUGAUCGAGAGAGAGAGAGGGAUGGGUGGAGUAACAUCAUCAGUGGCAGCAAAACUAGCAUUUUUUCCACCAAACCCGCCAUCAUAUAAGUUGGUAACAGAUGAAAUAACAAGUAUAAUGAUAUUAAACACUUUCCCACACAGAGAAAAUGUUGAAAUACUUAAAUUGCCUACUCGCAGAGGUAAUGAAAUUGCUGCCCUAUAUGUUCGUAAUCCAAUGGCUACUUCUACUCUUCUUUAUUCUCAUGGUAACGCUGCCGAUCUUGGUCAAAUGUAUGAGCUUUUCAUCGAAUUGAGUAUUCAUUUACGCGUCAAUCUCAUGGGGUAUGAUUAUUCAGGAUAUGGGCAGUCAACUGGGAAGCCGACGGAACAUAAUACUUAUGCUGAUAUUGAAGCUGCAUAUAAGUGUCUUGAAGAGAGUUAUGGUGCUAAACAGGAAGAUGUAAUCUUGUAUGGUCAAUCUGUUGGUAGUGGACCCACUUUGGAUCUAGCUGCUAGGCUACCUGAUUUAAGAGCUGUUGUUCUUCAUAGUCCAAUACUUUCUGGGUUAAGGGUCAUGUAUCCUGUAAAACGCACAUACUGGUUUGACAUCUAUAAGAAUAUCGACAAAAUACCAUCAGUUGAAUGUCCUGUACUCGUCAUUCAUGGGACGUCUGACGAUGUUGUGGACUGCUCUCAUGGUAAGCAACUAUGGGAACUCUGUAAAGAGAAGUAUGAACCUCUAUGGCUAAAAGGAGGGAACCACUGCGACUUGGAGCUAUACCCCGAGUAUAUUAAGCAUCUGAAGAAGUUCAUUCAUAACAUGGAAAAGUCACCUUCUCGAAGAAGCAGUUCAAGGCGGAGCGUUGACCAGUUUGAUCCCUCCAGGCAGAGUACUGAUUGUUUUGAGGUCUCAAGGAAGAGCACUGAUCGCAGAGAGAAACCUAGGAAGAGCACUGAAAAGAAAACGCAGGAACUCAAAUCUACAAUAGAGAAAUUGGAAAAGUUUAAAAUCUCGUUUGACUAUAUGGAGAGGUCCCGAAGGAGUGUAGAUUGUUUUGAGAAGUCUCGAAGGAGCAUCGACCAACAGAUGGUGGAGAGAGCACGAAGAAGUGUUGACAGGUUAGAUAGAAUACGGGCUGGGUAAAUAUUACUCGCACAUUGUAUAAUUCGUGCACUCGUUCUAUUUUGUGAAAAAAAAAACACAUUUGGGCAUUUUUCUUCAUGGGUUUUGGUUGUGUAGUGUUGGUUAAAGUUCCCAUAGUGAUUACGGUAUGAUAUUAGUAAGGUUUGUUGUAUCUUUAUGGUUCUUUCUACUUGAUCAAGCAUUGUAAAACACUCAGAAAUGGAUGGACUCAUUUACUGAAACAAAGAUGAACUCAUAGAAUUUGUAAA